CAAAAGGCUCUGACUUUAUAUCAAGUUCCAUUAUGAAUGAUAACAACGUCUUGGUUGAGUUAGUUGAUGAAAUUCUGAAGCAGACAUCAUUCAAUAAUUCCUCUGAGGUACCACCUGAAGAAGCCACUACAAUAGGCAAAUCAAUUACAAAGAGAGAUGUAAAUGAAGAUCAUGUUUCAGAGGCGAUUGACACCAGAGAAUCCUCUUUGUACCUCAGAGAUGUACAGGGCUCUGCGGCAAGCACGACGGAAACAGCAGUUAGCCGAGGUGUCCGUGGUGGGAACAUGCCCUGUGCGCAGCUGUUAAAUUUCAUGCGCCACAACAUCGUUGUCACCGCUUUUGUCGUGGGUGCUAUCUUAAUGUCUUUGGUGAUUCUGCUGCUUUGGUUCAUCUCAUGCAUCAGAAGACGGCAACCAUUAUAUCCUCCAGCAAAUGUCACCUAUAAUAUAUUUAUAAUGGGAGAAAAAACAUGGUGGCAGAAGAAUUCUGAGAAAUAUCUCAGCAAGUUAUGUGGAAAGGCGAAGUCGCUGCAUUGCAAUUCCUGUAUCUAACAAAGAUGCUGGAGAGGCAGCCAGCCAAGACAGCAGUCUACAGUGUGGGACUAUGCUCCAUCCAGAUCAUACAGAGGCAGUCCUACUUCUGACCUCAAGGUGUCCUUGGUAAACACCUUUAUCCUGUCCCAGUCCUCAAUGGACUAAGAAAACAUACUGCAUCAUAGGAUGCUUAUGGUGACCUGAGUGUCAUGCUUAGUACAGAAGACCAUUUUCCCAAAAACCUGAUUUUCUGUUACUCAUUAAUUCAGUUAGUAAAGCAUUUGCU